AACAGAUAGAGUAGGAUAUUUACUCUCGUUAGAGCGUUCAAGGAAUGCUUCUUUGGGACUCGAGCCGUCGGGAAGUUGUUGUCCGAGAGCCGAGUCCUAUGCCGCCCGCUCAGCAGUCUCUCACCGUGCGCCCCUCCUCCCCCAGGGUCUGGGGGAAUUCUUUGGAGAGCAAAUCAGGAAAUUACUUAUCAUUCGGAACCAGUGGAGAGUUAUGAGUGCUUGCCUGCUGACACGAAGGGCUUUUGAACCAAAACGUCUGCACGCACUAUAAUUUAAAGGCUUCAGAUACUGGAAGGUCUUGGGAUCCAUAGCCAAAGAUGUUUGUCUUGCUCUAUGUUACAAGUUUUGUCAUCUGGGCAAGUGGACAACCUCGGGGUAAUCAGUUCAAAGGAGAAAGUCACUCCCCGAGGUAUAUCUGUAGUAUACCUGGCUUGCCUGGGCCUCCUGGUCCCCCAGGAGCUAAUGGAUCACCUGGGCCACACGGGCGUAUUGGCCUUCCAGGAAGAGAUGGUAGAGAUGGCAGGAAAGGUGAAAAAGGUGAAAAGGGGACCGCAGGUUUAAGAGGCAAGGCUGGACCUAUAGGACCAACUGGAGAGAAAGGGGACCAAGGAGAGACUGGGAAAAAGGGGCCCGUAGGACCGGCCGGAGACAAAGGAGAUGUCGGUCCGGUGGGAUUUCCUGGACCAAAGGGAGACCGAGGAGACCAAGGCGAUCGAGGGGCUCCUGGGGUCUGCAGGUGUGGGGGCAUCGUGCUCAAAUCUGCCUUUUCUGUCGGCAUCACCACCAGUUACCCAGAAGAAAGAUUACCCAUCGUGUUCAAUAAGGUCCUUUUCAAUGAAGGGGAGCACUACAAUCCCUCAACGGGAAAGUUCAUCUGUGCAUUUCCAGGAAUCUAUUACUUCUCUUAUGACAUCACGUUAGCCAAUAAACAUCUGGCCAUUGGGCUGGUCCAUAAUGGACAAUUCAAGAUAAAAACUUUCGACGCUAACACGGGGAACCACGAUGUUGCCUCUGGCUCCACGGUGAUCUACCUUCAACCAGAAGAUGAAGUCUGGCUGGAGAUCUUCUUCACAGACCAAAAUGGCCUUUUCUCAGAUCCAAGUUGGGCAGACAGUUUAUUUUCUGGCUUUCUCUUAUAUGUUGACACAGAUUACCUUGACUCCUUAUCCGAGGAGGAGGACUUAUGAAAAUGACUGAAAAUCUGGAAAUUUCCCUCCCUCAUCAUGCAAACUGAGAUAAAAUCUCAUCUGGGAGCAAAAGCUGGUAGAACUGCACUGCCAUGAAAUAAAGGAACUACUAAAGGAGGAAACCAUGGAUGUUUGCAAUAGAAUCCAUUGAAGAAAGAGGCUGUACCAAACAGCUGGGACCACACAGAAUGAAUUAUGUAAAACAAUAACCCCAGAUAUGAAUUCCCUUGAAAGCAAUGUUCAUAAAUAUUUAAACAAAUUAAAGAUAAUGUCAACAAAUUUUAUAUUAAAUACAUUGAGUGAUAAAACCAGCUGGCAGUAGUAUUGUCUUAUUAAGCUUGUUGGAAUUACUUGUUUUUAUCAGUUACUUAAAAGAAUCAUAACAUGAGAGUGCAAUGUCUUGGGUAAUUCUCAGAAGGCAAAAAUACAUGUCAAAAACAAAAGAUAAGAGACAUGAAGCAUUUUCUACAAUGCAAAGUGGCAAGUUCAAAACUGCCAGUACAAAUACUCCUGAGCUCUAUUCUAAAGUCUAAUGGGAGGAAGAUCAUUUCGCCAUUUUGUCUCACACUAACUAAAAUCGGCAGUGCUACUUUCCAUUUGGGUGAGAUUAGAUUCCUGAAUCUAGGAUUUGGGGAUAAGGGGGGGUCAGUUUACUGAAAUCAGUUCCCCUAAAGCAUGAUGAAACGAAGGACCUGUUUUCCCUGAGAUUUCUUAAAAUAAAGGCAAUCCUGCAACUUAAUCAUUAAUUCUUCCUCUGUGUUAAUUUGAGCCUCCAGUUCAACCCUGAACAAAGUCUACCAGUUUAAUCAAAAUCCUUUUUCAGCCAUAUACUUCUUUUCCUUUUUCACUUUUUUUCCACUGGCAGAAACUAUUUUUAUUCUACUCCCCUGCAAACACCAGCCAAUCAGGUCAUCAAUUCCCUUCUCCCACCACCAUUCCCUUGGGUCACAUUAAUAAUGUUUCCAUUUUUCCUCACUCCCAGAGAUAUUUGUGCUAUUCAGCUCCCUCAUCUACUUCCUCUCUAUUCAUCAUUUCCUUUAAUUUUCCCAUUUGUAUUUGUUUUCCUUUUUCCCUUCCAGUCUCUCCUGUUAUCCAAAUAAGUUUCCUUUGGAAACCAGUUCCCUCUUCUGACUUCUUUCUUCCAUUCUCUUCCACUCCCAAAUAUUCAUACUCUGUAUGCCUCAUUUUUCUAAUUCAGGUCAAGAAUUCUGGUAGAUGGGAAAUGGAGAUCUAGCUAGAAGAAAAUUUGAGGGAUCACCUAUGUUUAGUUAACAGUUGAACCCUUGGGGAUAGAUAAGGCAAUUUCUCCGAGACUUCUUGAAAGAAAAUCUCAGAGGACUGAGUCCUCAGGACAACCACAGCCAUCAGGAUAUGGAACUUCAAGAGGCACUGCUAAGACUUAAUCAAGAAAGUCGAUGGAAAGGAAAUAAUAAUAAUAUCUGACAUUUUUGAUAGCACCUUAUGAGAUUUGCAAAGUAUUUUAUGUACACUAACCAGUUUGGCUGAGAAAUCACAGAACCAUGGGAGAAUUUUCAAGCCAAAAGAGACUUUAGAGAUCAUCUAGUUGGAUUUCUUCAUUUUUACAAAGAGGAAGAUGAGAAUCAAAAAUAUGAAAAGAGUUUCCCAAUCAGUCAGCUCAAAAGCAAUAGGAGGACCUAAGGAUUCUGGUCCACUGCCUGGGGUCCAUUCCCACAACCUUCUUUACUAUAAGAUACUCAGUGCGCUUGAUAUGUAUGCAUACAAAUGUGUAUGCAGUAUAAUUAUAUAUGUAUAUUAUAUAUGUACAUUUAUACAUAAUGCCCACAUAUUGUAUUAUCAUGUAUAUAAUUUUAAUUUAUCUUUAUUGUAAUUUGCUAAUGCCUUUUUUUGUUACUCAAAGCUAUUUAAAAAAACACAUUUGUUCCAAAGGCUACUUCAUUCAUUUUCAAGUUCAAGUUUCUUUUGCUAGUUGUUAAUUCAGAGGUACACUUUGUUUUGAGAAAUCUGGGGGUAGGGGGGGAGGAAGCUAUUUCAGUUUUUAAAUAAAGGAAAAUGUUUUGUGCUUUUUCUACAAAAGAAUUCCAAAGCACCUUUUUCUCUGUGCUCAAAAGAAAAAAUUAACCCAGUGAAAGAGAUUUUAAUUAAAAAAAAUACUCAGUCAUAA